CCGGGACAGUUAUUUGGAGAAUGUGUUUUAAAAUUACGUUCCUAAAUUUUUUUGGGGAAACAAACUACACCAAUGUUCGCAUCGAACCCGUUAUCUCUGAGCGUGCCGGAGCCGGCCUUCGAGUCAUGGCUCCGAGACGGCGGCUACCUCGAAAUCCUCGACCAGAAAACCUCCGACCUCCACCGCCUCUCCUCCUCCACCACCACCACCACUACCACCACAACUCCCACCGAAUCCCCCGCCGCCAUCACCACUAACUUAUUCUUCUCACUUUUCUCACUCAUCGGAACCCUACUCUCUCUUUUCACACUCAACCCCUUCGCAAAGCUUGCCACCGACGACUUCUCCGGCCCGACCCCCUCGUGGACCCACGGGUUUAUCGGGUUCUUUGACUCGUACUCGUUUCCUUCGUCGCCGAGUCAGGCUCGAUUGAGGGUUCACGAGAAUGUCAAGAGAUAUGCUCGUAAUUAUGCUUCUCUCUUCAUCGUUUUCUUCGCCUGUUCUCUGUAUCAAAUGCCUUUUGCCCUUGUUGGGUUGUUAUCAAGCUUUGCACUUUGGGAUGCAUUCAGGUUCUAUGGUGAUCGGUGGGGAAUAGAUCAAUCCCCUUCAGUUCGAAUAAGCUUGGUUCGCAUUUUCCAGUGUGUAACUGCCGGUAUUCUGUUAUAUUCCAACGUUCAGAUGGCUCUCUUCUCUGCUCUUGGUGUUAGUUAUGCAGUUAUGAUUUUGCAUGCCUCGUUUCGGAAGCUGACUCCUACAAAGCAACCUGCUCGGAGGAGAUAAACUUUGACUCCUCGAAUACAAAGGAAUUUCACACCUGGCAAAUCUUUCACUCAUGAUGGAUAGGAAGAUGUCUUGGCAAAUGUAAAGCUUUUCUUAUGUGCAGGAUGUUGCAAUCUUCUCCCUUCCUCGCUGAUGUGGCAUAGUAUUUGUAUUUGGAGAAUAUAUAUUGGUGUAUACUGUCCUGCAGUUUGUUACUUUAGACCCCGGCUUGAAACAGGUAUAUACUAUCGUAGGUGGAGUGUUUUAUUC